AAAUUCAUUCAAGACAAAGAUUGAAUGUGACUAUAGUCAUAACUCGAGUACACAUUCGCGAUGUUCGAACAAAUUGCACACAUCACACACCCCAAGCGGCACGAUCCAGCGCCAGUGCGACGCGCGGCAAAGACCAUGGCGCACGCGGAGCGAGUGCUCACCGAGCUCGUAAACAAGAUCAUCACCGAAAGGAAAUACGACGAGCCGAUCGCGAAAUUAAAUCCAAUCGUCACCUCUGGUGCUAACUAUACCUCGCAACUAUUCGGUGUUACCAUUAGCGGCAAAGACAAACCUGACCUCAAUUUAUUCGCCAAAGUCGCUGUUUUUGGUGAAAAAAUUCGUACGCAAGGCCUAGACAGUCUAUUUAAGUCAGAGCAAUAUUUUUACACUAAAAUUAAAAAGAUAUACCGCGACCUAGAAGAUAAACACAACAUUCCCGAUGAACACCGAUUUGAAAUACCAGAGUUUUAUGGCUGUAAUGAAACGAAAUAUGAAGAGGUUAUUGUUAUCGAAGAUUUAACCGCCAGAGGGUUCCGAAUAAGUGAUAGGCUGAAGGGGCUGAACUGGGAGUUUGCUGCCUCUGCUGUCACAGAACUGGCGAAGUUUCACGCCUUAGGAUUCGCUUAUAGUGCGGAGGAUCCGAAAAAAUUUGAAGAGUCGUGUAAGCCAUUGAAAGCUAUAUUUACCACCAAAGAUGAUAAAAUGAAAGUUCUGUCUAAGAGCAUAGCAGACAAGGCGAUCGCGGCGGCAUCGAUAGACCAUAAGGAAGUGAUGAAGAAAUUCCUGGUUAACUUUAGCUUGGAUAUGUUUGAGAUGUACAACAAACCUCUCCACCGCCCCGUACUUACACACAAUGAUUUCAGGGUCAGCAAUUUGAUGGAGAAAAUAGACGAAAGAGGCCGCACGCACGUUAGGAUUGUUGACUACCAGACCAUCCGGGGAGGGUCCCCGGUCAUCGACCUGUUGUACUUUAUAUUCUCGAGCACCGACGAGCAGUUCCGCGCGCAGUACUACGACCAGCUGCUGGACCACUACUACACGGAGCUCAGUCUCGCCAUGAAAAGACUGGACCUCAAUCCUGAUGAGAUUUAUUCGAGGGAGGACUUUGAAAUUGAAUACAAAACU